AGGCUGCGCCCAAUACCAGCUCAAAUUCCGCUACACUUUGAUGUGGUGUGAAGCAGAUUUCUGUCUUCGGAAGAAGAAUUGACCACAUAGCGUCCCAACAGUCUGAUACCUAAUGGUUUUGACCUGUAAUUCCAUGGGUGUUAUGAUGGCAUUGUAAACAAAGCGAUCUCAGUUUGCAGUCCCCUAGGCCAAGGCUGACAAAGCCUGUUCUGCACUGUACAGUCUAAAUUCAAAUAUUUGUCCCAUGAAAUUGUUUUUUUCUUGCUGCUUCCUGUGCAAGUUCAAUUCAGCCUCAAGGUGUCACUGUGUCACCAUUCCACCAGGGGCUUCAGGAUUGCUGGCAUACCUGUAUAUGUGCUAUAGACUUGUUAUAGUCAUAAGUGUUUCAACUGGAAUUGAGUGCUGGUUCUGCCCAAGUAGAUGCUUAAUUGAGGACUGACAAGGGAUACGCUUCGAUGUCGCAUCUGCAUGUUUGAGAUACAUUUUUAUUUUCCACAAAAUCUGUUGGAGGAGAGCUGCUUUAUCGCAGAGGUGCUUUUAAAUCGACAUUGAAGGAUGACUUGCAGAGUAAAAAAAAACUAAGCAGCUGGUUAUCUUUGAGUAUAACUUACGUGUCUCUGCAUGAGAGUGUUUGUCCCUAUUGCCUAUGGGCGACAACACUGAUGACCAGUACCACUGGUGAGCGUGAAGUCUUAUUUUUAGGACAUGAGGGCAGGAGGAAUUUAAAUAUCAGUCAUUAUCCUUGAUAACCUCACUGACCAAAUACUUUGACGUUUGUCUUUUGACACUUAGUGCAUCAUGUCAUUGAGUAGCAGUUCAUAACAGUGUUGUAAUAGUGGAAGUACUAACAGGUUGAUCAAGUCUGAUAGAGGCAGAAGCGCCUGCAGCUGUUGUUACGAAAAGUUCUUGUGGGAUGCUUACAGUACACAUCUCACCUCUUUCUCAAACACGCUAAUGGAAGAAAAAAUAAGAAAUGGAAAUUUGAGGGAAAAUUGUCAUUGGCUCACGUUUGACCACAUAACUUCCAAUGAAAGUGGCUGAAAUGUGAAGGAUAGAUAGUUGAAAAUUUGAACCCACAUGACGGUGAUUAAGGUUGCAUGGCUUAGCUAACUGAUCCAAAGAGAAGAGUGAAUCUGUCUACAAUCUGUGCACUCUGGUGAACUAAAGUAAAUCACCUUCUGAACUGAGUGAAAGAAGGCAGGGAUGUUCAGGCACAGGACACGUUGAACCUGGCUCUCAAAUAUUGCUCAAAGGUAAAGCCUCAAACUAAGAUGCCACAUGGACAUGUUUGUCGUGAAGCCCAACAAAGCUCACCAACACAUCAUGUACAUGUACAACAUACAGUUCAUAACAGUGUUGUAAUAGUGGAAGUACUAACAGGUUGAUCAAGUCUGAUCGAGGCAAAAGCGCCUGCAGCUGUUGUUACGAAAAGUUCUUGUGGGAUGCUUACAGUACACAUCUCACCUCUUUCUCAAACACGCUAAUGGAAGAAAAAAUAAGAAAUGGAAAUUUGAGGGAAAAUUGUCAUGCAACAAAUUCCUAACUAACUUUGCUGGGAAUUUGCUGAGUUACCCAGAAUAGGACAUCGCAUGGCUCUUAUUUUUAUUUUGGAUUUUUCUUUCCAUUUUCUUUUCAUUUACUGUAGGCUACAUCUCUAAUUAGAGCUGAGGGCUGGGUAUUAUAUGUAUUUGCGGCAACAGGUAUUAUACAUGCGACACAAAUACUCAACACCAAAAGCCUCUUUUACACAGAAAAGCCGUGAAAAUCGUCUAAGUGAGGGUCUCUGGUACCCUUUUUGUAGACUUUCCGCACUGACUAAUGAGGCUGUGACCUGGUUACCUCAGAGAGUGCCAAUGUCACUGCAGGCCUUCUUCACACACACCAUUUGAAGUCGUGUUCACUGCUCUCAUUAGUCUCUUUAACACCAGCAAUAGACAGACCGACCACAAGGUGCUGACUCCUGCCAUUUUCAACAUCUCUUCAGGCUGGUCUUCAUUCUCAGCCUGGUUAAGCUUUCAUCCCCUGAAGAACAAUCUUUUCCAUCCCUUACUCUGCUGAUCAACCAUAAAUAGCGCAGAUCUGACAUGCUCAGUUUGACUCCUAAUCCGCCCUGGACAGUUUAUAAUUAUCAAGGUCCACCGUGCUUCAAAAGUCAUGCAUUCACAAAAGCCUAAAUAUACGUGUACAGCUUUGCAGGUGUUGUAGAGGACCUGCUUUAGAACUGCAUUGAAUUUGCAGUUUAUUCUGCCCCAUUUUUGUUCUCCUGCAUCACCAUUUAUUUAUUUGUUCCAAUAGUCAUUGGCUCACGUUUGACCACAUAACUUCCAGUGAAAGUGGCUGAAAUGUGUAGGAUAGAUAGUUGAAAAUUUGAAACCACAUGACGGUGAUUAAGGUUGCAUGGCUUAGCUAACUGAUCCAAAGAGAAGAGUGAAUCUGUCUACAAUCUGUGCACUCUGGUGAACUAAAGUAAAUCACCUUCUGAACUGAGUGAAAGAAGGCAGGGAUGUUCAGGCACAGGACACGUUGAACCAGGCUCUCAAAUAUUGCUCAAAGGUAAAGCCUCAAACUAAGAUGCCACAUGGACAUGUUUGUCGUGAAGCCCAACAAAGCUCACCAACACAUCAUACAUCUCCCCUCACACUUGUGAGACCUCAGAAUACUUUGAAUGCAUGUUGUUUCUGGACUAACUGGUAGGUUUUUUCGAGCAUGAAGGAUUGUUCUUGGUAAUGCAUUUGCAAGAAAUGGUAUUGUGUCUCCCGGUGGUAGAUAUUCAAUUUACAAAUACUUUCAGACCCAAACCGACUAAGUUAUGGAUAAAAUAAUUCAUACUCGUACAUCUUGAUCGUAAUCUUAAUUCCUAGUCCUUUGUUAGAUUCGCUGUGUGUGAACAGAUCAAUUCAGAUCGUACUAUAUAAUCUGACACUGAGUUUUUGAAUGUGUAUCUCAAUAUGUGUGCCUUUCUGUUUGUAUCACGAUCUCUGUCCUUGGGAGAUGAGAAAAAGCAAGCAGUAUCUCAAAAUCAAGAUGUCUUUCAAAGAGAUAUUUUUGGAGACAGACGAUACCACAACUCCCAACUCCCAUGCAUUUUAACGUCACAACAGAUAAAGGGGAUUUGGCGCGUUUUGUUAAAGGGGUUUGUAAAUGGAUCGCCAACAGAUUGCUAUGUGGUUACAGCAUAGGCAUGUUAAUGCCAGUGUAAAUGAAAGUGGUCAUGCGUGAUCUAAUUGCUAUGGGAUCACAAAAAUGUAUUUAAAUGGGGGAUGCAAGGGGUAUUUGACAGAAGGCUGAGUAAAGUUUUCACUCGGAUACCUCCAUCAUCACCGUAUAUGCAUCACCUUCAGGCAAUUAUUCUGUGUAGAAGGGGCACAUGCUCUUGCAUCAUCACACAACCGUCCUUUUUCCACAGGUUUGGCUGCAGACCCCCCCUCACAAGACCCUGUGUGGCACAUAAUGACAGUUGUGCUUGAUGGAAAUUUGUUUUUGCCACCGUAAUCGUAAAAAGUACUGCCCAGCCUAAGCUACUAUGUAAUUAACUGUUGUACUUUGAAUAUGUUCUGUACAAAUCACUGUAUCAUCCUUCUUUGUAUGGCCUCUUAAGUUGCAUGCUUGUAUUUUACUUUAUUUGAUCACACUGAACGACAUCAUGUCUGGAUGCUUUAUAUCCUCAUUAAAAACUUCUACUUUAUUGCCAAAUUUUGUUAUUGUUUUGUCUGAGGGCUGAUGUCACGCAACCACAAACAGGUGUUGGAAACGGUGUUGGUGAGAGCUCAACAACGUGACUCUCUGCUUCUUUGAAGAAGAGUCUGUUGCCAUUCUUCAACAUCCUGAACAUCAUUUCAGUUUUUCUCCUCUGUCCCUUUGUGGGCCAGACUUGGUGAAGCAGUGCCAGUGCCCGCUAGUGUUAUAUCAAGAUGAAGAUCGAUACCAGCCUAAUUCUGCCCCAGCUCCCAGAGUCCCUGUCUCAGGCAGGUCUUCAGUUUACUGUGGCCACUGAGGAGGACUUUGAUGACAUCAUGGCCAUGAGCCAGGAUAUCUAUGGAGGUCUUGACUACCUGCCCACCAGAUACACCAGCUGGCUUCAGGAGACCAACCGAACUGUCAUUCUGGCUCGUAAACAAGAAAAAGUGAUUGCUCUGGAGUCUGUGUGUGUGAUAGACGAUGGAGAGACCAUGCUGGUGGAAGGUCUCCGUGUGGCCCCGCAGGAGCGAGGCAAAGGUGUGGCGGGAGUCCUGCUCCGCUUUUGCAAUGAGCUUGUUAAGUCCAAGUAUCCUGAUGUCAAAGUGUGUCGCUUGACCCGUGAUGACAAACUUGGGCCCAAGGACUUCCAAAAGUACCGGCUUAUUACCAAACAGGGGAUCCUGCUUGUGCGCUUCAAGGCUGAGGAUGUGAAGCUCCGUCUGGCUGAACUGGGUCUGGUUGGCAAUUCCAAGCCUUCCUCCACCCCUCUGCCAGUGCGUCUGGACCCUUCGGCCCUCCAGCAGCUCUACCUGACCACGGACCUGAUGCAAGGGGUCCUUCCGAAUGGUACCAUCAUUCAGGACUGGCAGCCGUACAAGCUCCUAGCCAACAACAUGGACAUCCUGAUGAAGAAGGACAUAGACUGGAUGGUGGACGACAAGUCAAAGCCCACCGUUGCCAGUCUGUGUACUUUUCCUUUUCGUGUUCCAAUUGGAGAUGACUGGUAUUAUCUGAACAUCGACAUGUUUGGUAAGAGCCUGGACCUGGUGAGGCAGCAGUUUGUGUGCCACCUCCAGCGCCACACCAACGCCUUGAAUGGCUAUGUGAUGUGCCAGAUGUUCCUGGAGCCCGCGCUGUGGAGGGACAUGGCUGACUUCUGCCAGAAGAUCCUGAGGGUGGAGCUAGUGAAAGAAUAUGCUGAGCAAUGCGUGGUGGAGUCAGACGUCAUUUAGUGGCGGCUGGUGGAGGGAGGCACGUGUCCGAGUGACAGGGAAGAAGAGAAGGCGAGUGGGUAGAGGAAGCGGAAUGGACACAGCUCAAUUUUACUUAAACCGAAAUAUAUAGCAAGCUUCUAGCCUCAGGAGACAGAAACCAAGCAAACAUCGAUACUAACUCUUUUGAGAAAAGAAGAACUGACAAUGUUAAGAUAGAUUUUAAGUCAAGAUACUAUUUUAAAUUUCACAGUAGUAGGUACUUAAUUUUGAAUACGCUUGAUCAUCAUGUUUAGAGUGACUGCUUAAUGUUUCAUUGGAAGAAUAAUUUAAAUCAGUGGUCAGGAAGUGUAGCUGUGUAGUGAACCAAAAGAAAAUCAUCUAAUCAGAUCCCAUGCUGAAAUUCUUUCGAUGUUCUUAACCUGCGACAAUUCAUUCAAUUGAAUUUGACUCAUAUCCUGGUUAACAUCUAACUUUGCUCUCGGAAGUUCGACCCACUCCUUGUGGACCUUCCUAUGCUGUGGCCAUUCCUAAAAACACUUCAAACCACCUCAGAAAAACAACCAUCUAAUGACCAUAGAGUUGGACUUUGUUAAGCAGAACUUCAAUCCGGGUUGAAUUGCAUGUAUAUGGUAUGACUUCAGAAAUGCUGUGUUAAGGUGGUGAGCCUGCUGGGGAUGCCGGUGUAGCAGAUGUAACUCAGAAACCGAAAGGUGGAACACGCCUUUUUGAAUGGAAAUUUGAAGUGCCCCAGGUGGCUUCUCAAACAUACACCCUUCUGUAAAUACAUGACUUUUUGUGACGUGAACAAGCUAAGCUGGGUUACGAAAACUGCACAACACUGAAGGCACUUUAAAUUAUCAUAAAUGAAAUUGAAGGAAGCGUCAAAGAUCAAAUAUAACCCCAGUGCUCUAACUCUGGUGGGUACUUUUCAGCAAGCGAUCAUCAACUGCAAAAAACAACAAACAUGUCGUCGAAACAAACAUUUUCUUCUGUUGCAGUCGAGCUUACGUCUUCACGUUUCGUCUGUCUUUUUCUGAAAUUCAAUUGUAAAUAUAUAUAUGUGUGUGUGUUUGUCACUAAUUUGAUACUUUCACUGUAACUUAGCAAAGCUUAAAGACUAACUUCUAAUUCUGACACUAAAAUCCAGGCUUUAUUUUAGAUGACUAAGAGCAUAAUGCCAAACUCAUUGCUAAUGCUUGAAAAGGGUAGAAUGUGUUACAGUGCGGCACUACUGGCUUCAGCUUAUGCAAGGAGAGGAAGUGGGAUGAAAAUAAAAACAUAAGGUUUUAGGUUUACUUAUCAGCUUUGCGCGUAAGCCGUGAUGAAAAACAUUUCCUUUUGUGAGAAGUAGAUCAGUUCGAGGAGACUAUUUCAAAGUUGACUGAAGAGCUUCUUAUACCAUGGUGCAGAAUAGAGAAAUGUCUGCCACAUUGAAAAGACACUGGACAUAACAUGGACACGCACUGAUCAUCAGAGAAAUAGCUUAUGUAAAGUAUUAGCACACCAAUGAAGCGUGCAGUAGAUGAGAUGUUUUCUUACUUCUGAGUUGCGUUUUUAACUCAGUAGUGCUAAGGCAUGUUAAAAUAAAAACAAAACAUUACCUCACUAAGAAGUGGCAUUCCAGGCAAAUAUGCCCUGUAGAAUUUAUGAUAGAUUUUGAGGAAUAUUCUCAAAAUAAAUUGGCAGCUAAUUUCAACUCAUUUUCUUGACAGGGAAUCUACAGCUUACAAUGCGAAGUCCCCUCCGCAGUGCAGCGUAGCUGAACGGAUGGCAGUUCAGUCUUUCAACCUCAUCCGAUUAUCGGAAUUCACCAGUGGCACACCUUGUUUUUCGGGGUCAGAAAUCAGAAUAAACCCGUAACACAGACUUCAGCAUGUUAGAGGAUAAUAGUGUUACUCUUGGUUAGCCAUGGUAGAAGUGUCACUGGAGCCAGUCUCAGCUGUCAGCCUGUCCUGAACAGAACCCGCCGUGGGGCAGGACGGGCAAACACUCUCCACAGAAGACCUUCUCAGAGUGUCUGGAAGUUGUUCUCCAGAUCACAAUACUAAGUCAAGUGAGAUAAUUACCUGACGUGGGUCGUAUAUGCAGUGAUUUUUAUAUCAAACAUUGACACAAUUAUGCAGUAACAUGGACUUUAAGAUCCAUAAGACUUAGUGUGUGUCUAAUGACAGCUGUUAUUGCAUCAGAGGUCAUGACCUUGGCUCAUCUGAAGAAAGCAGAAAAUGAUUUCCUCUAUAAGUUUCACCAACAGGCGGAAAACUUGCUCGUACAGUAAAGAACCACCAGUCGCCAUGUCACCACCGCAGGGCUGGGCCAUGGUUUAAGCACAAAUCUCUACAAAUAAUUAUUUGGAUGACUUUAAAAAAAUCAAUCUCUUGAAUAUCCCCCAACCCUAGCGAGAGAUUUUAUGGCAGGACCAACAGUGUUGCAUACAGGAUUCUGUAUGUGGCGGAGAUCUCUAUUGGGCCCUAUGAUAUUUAAACAACAUCCUAAGAGCAUUCAUAGCACACAGAUUUUUUACACUCACUGAACCUCCCUUUAAAAAUCCAUAUAGAGGGACCAUUAGUCUGAGCAGAACAUGAACAUCUUUCUGGAGAACACCUCAGUUUAUAAAGAUGUAUUGAACCUCCCUGUUGCCUUGACCGCCAUUUAUCUUGACGUUGACCAUCGUCUUCUUCUGGUAUGCAAUUUUUUAUGGUUGAGGAUACAAGGGCCUAUUUUUGAAAAAAAAAGAUAAACGAUGAGGCAAAUUGUUUAUUUUUAUUUUACUCUUAUAUUUAUUUUAAACACGAGGAACUAAAUAAAGUGGCCACAAUCCUCGACAUCACCCAGGGAGCAUAACUAAGGAGGAAGACGCUUAUGUUUUUGACCCUUACGUUUGUAACCAAAGAAAGUCACCGCUCAUAGAAACCAAUGCCCUAUGAUUUGCUGCCAGGAGUUAAUGUUAGGAUAUCAAAGGCCGGAUUGGUCUUGGGUGUUGUUAUAUUUUUAUGAUCUGUACAUAACAGUAUUUUCUGCUUUAGUUGUUAUACAAAGUCACUGCUUUAUGACCCCUAAAUAACCCACUCGUUGAUCGAUAACAUGAGUGAGUGUGAACUUGUUUCCAGCAGGCCAGUACAAGUUCUGAUUUUAGAGUGAAGCAAGCUCUUUUGACAGAGCUAGCCCAAACUGGAUCUGAUAAAUAGUGUUCAGUAUGUACAGUAUAUCAUCUGCUCGGUGUUAGUUGCUCAGUUACUGUCAAAAUUGAGGCUGGAGUGAAAAAUCAAUUUAUAUUCUACUAUUCUCCUAAAAUAGACGUUUAGUGUUUGUUGCUAUUAAAUGUUAGAUUGAAAUAAACAUUACUUUCUUAAAAAUUCAAGCGAAAAACAAGUCGAAAAGCCGUUAUUAAUUGUAUAUCAGUCGUCCAGUAACUGACCAGUCCUAAGCAGCUCUCACGAAUAUUUCUCCCUCCGGGAAUGAGCUGAACGUCAAGGAGUGACAUCAGCUUCCAGACAGAAGCCCAACACCUCAAACUAGUUUCUGGACAAACUAUAGCUCAUCGCUCAGCUCUGUUCUCAGUGUCCUGAAGACAAAACAUGUACAACUGACUCAUUGUUAGGUGGGUCAUUUAGAGGCCAUAAGGCAGUGAUGUUGUGAUGAAUAUGAACAGUCAUAUGAGUCAUGUUCUGGGCUGCCUUCUGUUCCGAAGAAAUAAAGGCCUUUAUCCAGCGAUGGAGAAAUGUACGCGCACACAGUUAGCUCACUCGCUAAGGUAUUCCAACAUUUUCCUCAUGAUCAAAUACACCCGGUGUAAGGUUUCACUAUGUGUGAUGUAAUGUGUGAAUGCCCCAGAAGGUUGCGAUCACCCAAAAACCUUCAUUAUCACUGGUCUCAACAGAAAAACAAGGGAGUUGGCAUAUUUGCUUCACUUGCUUUUCACUUCAAAAGUUUUUCUUUAAGACAACAGUAAAAGUCACCAUCUGACUUAACUCCUUCCUACCAUUCCUGUCACUUCUUAAAAUCUUAAGUUUAUUUUUUUUUUACUUUUACCGCUAAAAUGAUAAAUAAACAACAAACAUUCCAUUAGUCGUGGACUCUGUUGGGCAAUGUGGCAGUUACAUUGAUUCAUGUUUACACUAGAAUUUAAAUGAUUCAAUAACAAUAUUCAUAUCGGUAGAAUAUUUUUUUUGCGUUUUAUCCCAUUGACUUGCAUCAAAUGACGUCUCAAGAAAUGGUGAAGCUUUCUGUGCUCACAGUGCAGCUAAAUGUUGAAUGUACUCCACACUCUUACUUACUUUUACAAGAUUUCCAUUUUAUUAUGAUUUCGUAUUCUGUUAUUAUCUAAUAGCCACUGAGACCCCUUAAGUUGUUUGUUCUUCAUCUUCCGCAUCUUUAUUAUUAUUCAUGAAGAUGGCAGUUUAAACUCCUGAAUGCCUUAUCUCCUUAAUCUACCAUUAACAAUUUAGCAACAUCCCACUUAGAGGAUUACAGCAUGUAGUCUGUUGAGCAAACAUGACUUUGAUAGCUAGAAGAAGUCAGAAGACAACGUGGAAAAAUUCUCACAUAAGUAACACCCAAGUCUUGUACAAUCGUCUCUGGGAUCAAGCUAAAACAGAUAUCUUGAUUAAAAAUGGUGUAGAACUUGAGGUUUUCCAUUUUAAAAAGGGAUCAUAUGGUAUUCCUGGUCCUUGGCAAAAGUUAAGUAACCACUCUUAUAUACCCAAAAGUUGUUAUCAGAGCCGACACCUCUCUGCUGCCCUCAGGCACAAUAGUAUCAAAAGUCCUUCUGUAAAUACGCAGAGUGAAAAUCUUGUCCGAUGUGACAAACCGAGAAUGUCAUGCGGUCUGUGACUAUCUUGACAUCUUAGGGUCAGUCAGAACCACUGCUCAUUAAUAAGCAAGAUCUGAGGUGUUGCUUUAACUUUCUGGCGUGUUGUUGGUGUGGCCCUUCAAAAUAUAGUACACGAUGGAUUUACUGUAAUAAUGUUUGCGUUCAGGGAGUGGCGCUAAACUUACCACCAUCACCUCUGUUGACACUAACCUAGUGAAAAUGGCAUUAACAUGACAAAGUUUGGCAUUAUUGUCUGGAAAAGCUCACCAGUGUAUUUGGUGAUGAGGAAAAUAACUAGUUCUCAUGACAAAAACAAAAAGAAAAACAUUCUAGUCGUGUCUCGAAGUCGGACUCCUGUCCGUCUGUGAAAUUCAGUUCUUCACUCUAUGCUUUAAGCACAUGGGGAAAGCUUACAGAAGUGCCAAAUAUCAGGACUAUUGAACCACUAUUUUCAAAUGAAUGAGAGUAUUUUCAUCAAAGGAAAUUUCAAAUCAUUUCUGUUCAAUUUAGUGUGUUUAUUUUCUCAUCCCCGCAGCUCACAAAAUGGUGAUGUCAUCUUUUUUCCAGCUUUGAUGAAAUAUUUUUUAUUUUUUAGAUUUGGGAUACUUCCAGCACUUUGUUAGAAAGAAAAAAAGUAUACUUAGUAUACGAUGCUGACUCAUUGUGCUGCAAACUCUAGAAGCAUUAUAGGUUUAAGUAAUAUAUUAAUGUAUGUUUAUGGAUUACUGUACAAGCCAUUGUGUUAGUGGGUAAACGCAGCAUGCACUUUAGUUGUCUUUGGCAAUAACAGACAAGCGUCCCAUCUCCUGUAAAGUAGCAUCAGUGACUCCCAAUGUUCUUUGUGUGUUUCACAAACAAGCGUUUUAGUUUACGAGUAGUCAUUCUCUCUGUUGGGCUGAUGGUGUUUGGACAGAGCUUGAAAAUAUUUUACAAGGGUUGUACCUGUCACAUUACGAAGGCAUCAAGACUAUAUUUUAUUCUUGCAUACUAAUUACGAGACUAACAGAGAAGUUGAAAUGUUAGCAAAGCUGGUUUUGGUUGGGUUAAGUCUUGAGCUGAGAAAAUAUACGUAGUUGUAGUUUUUAAAUUCAUUUAUCUGUGUAUUUCCAUUUUAUAAAACCUUUUAUUUUUCCAUUGCCUAUAAGAAGUUAUGUCCUUUUUACUCUCCUACAAUAAUCUGACUGCUGUAGUUCCCUCGGAGACCAACCUUACAUGUGAAGUUUAACUAACGUCGCUGGUGUUCGUACUCACCAGUCCAGGUAUAGGCAACAUCCACACUAGCGGGUUUUCGCGUUGAAUCUUUAGGCCAUAUUUUUGGCCCAUCUACAUUAAAAGAUAAUCCCUUUUUGCUUAGGUAAAUGUUGACUUCCUGAUGAGAUAUAUUGCAAUUUUCUACGACUAGAAAAACAGCUUCAGAGCUGUGAGUAAACUUUUUGCUCUCGCUGGAACCUCAUGUCAUCUGUGGGCCAGCUGUGACAUUUUUUUCAACGUGUUCAUGUGAGAUAAUUAGUGUGUAAUGCCGAUAUCGCUUUGAAAACUAACUAGUGUGGAAGUAGCCAACUAAAUGUGUAGACUUCAUCAACCUUCUCAUUGGGGUAUAAACUCGUGGAUGCAAAACCUUUAUCUCUGUACAUUAAAUCUUUCUCUGUGCUUGAUAUGUAGUGACUGCUUCAUCUUGGCUUUAUUGAUAAUGCCUUGGACCUCUCCGUGGAGGGACAUGAACAAACCUUCCUCAUUUAUUGUGUCACAAGUAAAGAAAAGUAACAUGUCUCUGUUUUCUUUCAUUUUAUUUUGUCUUCUUUGGAGGAAAUAGUUCAACAUUUUUCAAACCACAAUCUUGGCUUUAGUCAGUUAUGUCAAAUUUAACUCUCUGUGCCUUACAAAUGAUAAGAAUUGCGUCUGGAAUAUAUACAAUAUGUGGCUCAAGCAACUGUCUCAGCAUUGCCCCACUCAGGUGAGUUGAAGCAUUUCAAUUAGACUGUGCUCCCCACAGGUAUGUUUUGACAUCCACUUCUCUCUAAUGGCACAGAUGAGUUGAAACCCAGCAUCUACCUCAAAAUAAAACAAAGUAUAUGUAUUAUUUAUUUGACUUUGAAUAGAGACCUCCAGAAAUAUAUGCAACCACGCUUCAAAACCAUCUGUGAAUGGGCAGUUUCAAGGUGACCAAAUGUAACAAGGUUUUGUACUGACUUAUUGACUGAAUUAAAUACUCUUGUAUCUUAAGGAAA